UACAUGCCCUUGACCGGAAUCGAACCUGGGAUCCUUAAGUCUGCAGGCCGAGGCUCUAUUCACGGAGCCACACCGGUUUCGGCAGGUCCGCCUGUUUUGUGGAACGGCCUCGGGGAGGCGUGUUGCAGGGUUCUCAGGGGAAAGCCUGCUCACCGUCAGCCCUCACCCCUGCCAGUGAGCCCAGGCUGGUCUCCGAGGAUGGAGGCCUCUCCCCUCCACAGCGGCUCCGGUGAAGCCUCCUGGUGUCAUUACCGCGCCCUCACGGGCAGACACAGGCCUGCGGGGGGCAGACGGCCCUGAGCCCGGUCCAAAGGGAGGGGGCAGAGGAGCUGGGCCCGGGCUCAGGGGGAGGCGGCGGAGGGAGUAGGCUUUGCUCCAUGCCCAGCCCCGUGCCAGGGGCUCACGGUCCAGAUCCGCUCCCAUCCUGAGAGGCGUUUCCUUGCUCCCCUCCUCCCCUUCCUUCCUCCCUUCUCUUUCUUCGGGUUUACUGAGCACCUGUCUGUGCCGGGGGCUGGGUUCACAGGCAGAGCUCACUGCCCCGUGUCAGCGGGGAGCGGGCCCCGAGCUGCUUCCUUUGUGAGGACAGUGCCUCCCCACGGCUCUGAGGUGGCUCUGUGUGAGGACAGUGCCUCCCUCACGAGCCUGCGCCCCCCCCCUCCCUCCAGCUGCCGCCAUGCUGCCGCCGCCCUCGGAGCAGGCCCUGAGCGAGCUGCUGGCUCGCAAGGAGGAGGAGUGGCGUGCGCUGCAGGCCCAGCGCGCCCGGCUGCAGGAGGCGGCGCUGCAGGACGCGCAGCGCCGGCUGGAGGAGGCCGAGGGGUGGCUGCGGCGCCUGCAGGAGGACUUCGUCUACAACCUGCAGCUGCUGGAGGAGCGGGACCGGGAGCUGGAGCGCUACGACGCCGCCUUCGCCCAGGCGCAGAGGCUGCAGGAGGCCAGGCAGGCCGAGGCGAGUGAGCUCAAGAUCGAGGCGGCCAAGCUGCGGCAGGCGCUGGCCGCGGAGGCCCGGAGGCGGGAGGACCUGCAGCAGCAGCUCCAGCUGAAGCUGCAGGAGCACCGCCUGGCGCUGGAGCAGGCCCACAGCGACAAGAAUGUGGAGGUCGAUCGCCAGCGGGAACAGUACGAGAAGCUCAAGUGGCAACUGGAGAGGAAGCUCCAGGAACUGGACGGCGAGCUGGCUCUGCAGAGGCAGGAGCUGCUGCUGGAGUUCGAAUCUGAAGUGCAGAAGCGUGAGCACGGGUUCCGGCUGCACGCCGACAGCAUGAGCAGCACCGUCCUGACCCACGAGCUCAAGGUGAAGCUUCUGACCAAGGAGCUGGCGGCGCUGAGAGGGGCCGGGGCCCAGGCGGCCGGGGCCCUGCAGGACGCGCAGGAGGCCAAGGCGGAGCUGGAGGAGCGGCUGCAGCGAGCUGCCUGGGAGCUGCGGGACCUCGCCGCCGUGAAGGACGCCCGGAUAAAAGACCUGGAGGACAAGCUCCAGUCCCUGCAGCUCGCCCUGCACACGGAGCAGGAGACCUUCCGGAGGAAGCACCAGGAGCUCGACCGUGCGGCCAGGGAGAGGGACGCGGUGCUGGCGUCGGUGAAGGGCGCUCACGCGGAGCAGCUGCGGGCGCUGGAGGCCCGGGUGCUGGAGCUGCAGGCGCAGUGCGAGGCCCGGGAGCUGCAGGUGCGCAGGGCCGAGUGGAGGCAGGCGGAUGCCCUGAAGGAGAAGGACGCCGCCAUGGACAAGCUCCGGGAAGAGGCGUCCGCUCUGAGAGCCGGCUGGGAUGCACAGCUCGCUCAGCUGUCGAAGGAGACGACCUCCAAGGACCUGCAGGUCCAGUCGCUGCAGGAGGACACGGCGCAGCUGCGGGCACAGCUGGCCCGGUGCCAGCAGGACGUGGGCAGGUACCAGCGGGAGCUGUCCCUGGCGGUGGAGAGGGAGCAGAGCCUUGAGCGGGACAAGGUGCAGCUGGGCCUGGACUGGCAGCGGCGCUGCGAGGGCCUCGAGCGGGACCACUACCUCCAGUCCGAGGGGCUGGUGCAGGGGCUGGCCUCGGCCAGGGCGCAGAUCGCCGCCAAGCUCCAGGAGGCGGAGCAGAGGCUGCGAGACCAGGAGGUGGUGCUGAGGGCCCUGACGCUGGAGAGAGACCAGGCCCUGCAGGCCCUGAGGGACCACGGGCUCAGCCCUGAGCAGGAGGUGCCGGGGCCCCCUCCGCACCAGGGGGAGGAGGCGAGCGCGCCUUUCCCGUCCGGGGAGAUCCAGCGGCUGCAGGAGCAGAACGCCAGCCUGCGCCACGCGGUCGCACAGAUGAGGGCCGAGAUGGAGGCUCUGAGCGAGCAGGUGCUCCCCCCCGCCCAGCCAGCGGGAGACGCUGCAGCCUCGGGCUCCCCGGCAGACGCUGCGCCCGGUUAUGUUCUGGCUCUGGAAGCAGAAAUACGAAAUCUGAAGGGUAAGUUCAAAACCCUGGAGGAGCAGCUGGGAGAGGCACUGCAGCCUUCGAAGACACCCGCGUCUCCCGCAGACGCCCGGCCCAGUGCCGGCACCACAGCAGACGCCCCCGGAGGAGCCCUGGCUGCUGACGGUGCGUCCCUGGGGCUGGGGCUGGCGCUCAGGCGGCUGGGAGACCGGGCGCGUCUGCUGAGCUUCCUGGUGGCCCGGCUCCGAGAAAAGGUGCUGUGGCAGCCCCUGCAGGGGGACGCGGGCCGGCAGGAGCUGGCUCACGAGGCGGACCAGGUGCUCCUGGAGGUGCGGGAGCUGCAGAAGCAGGUGUCUGAGCUGGAGAAGCAUCUCGCCGCGGCGCCCGCAGCUCCGGACUGCGUCGCCCUCGGGAGACAGGGCCCAGCAGCUGGGGUGCCCACAGGGACCGAGGGCCCAGGAUCGCAGCCCCCACAGGCCCUGUCUGUGCAGCGGCUCCAGAGGAAACUGAAGGAGGCGGCCCGGGUGGUCCUCCGUCUGCGGCGGGAGAAGGAGCAGCUGCUGGAGCUGGGGAACAGGCUGCGUGCCCAGCUGGGCCAGCCCGAAGCUGCCGGUCACGGCUGCACUCCGUGUUCUCCUGCGCGUCUUCGCCCUGGGCCUGCUGCCUAGAAGGGCAUGCUCACCACGCUUCCCACCGCCGAGCCCUCGGUGGGGAGAGGGACCAGUGCUUCAUCCGUGUCCACAGAGUGUGGGUUCACCAAGUUCUAAGUCCUAGGAAGCUCAGAGAAAAAGGUUUCCUUAAUUACGGGAAAACAAACCAUGUUUUUAAAUCAGCGGCGUUUCAAACAAAAACACUGUAAAAACAUCAUCUUCCUGGGUCCAAGCAGCCCCACACAGUCGUCCUGUGGGUCCCACCCGCCUUUAGCUCCGGGCUCCCUCUGAGGGAGCACCUGCCUGCCCCGCUGCACGCUGUCUGGACUGAGCGCUCGAGGCGGUGUGCCCGCAGGAAUCGAGCUUCGUUCUGAGGCGCGUGCUGGGGGGCGACAUCGCGCCAGGACGGAGUCCACUGCCAGGAUUGCCCGGGAUUCUGGACACUGUGUGCACAGACUUGGCACCGAGAGCCUCCUACCUGGUGCUCCUCCCGUCACUUCAGGCAUCAAACAGGCUACUCCUUCCCUCUUGUAGAGAGCGCACACGAGGGCCAUUCUGGGGGGUUGGUUUGCCGUAGCAAAUCUUGUGAAAUGUUCCAGGGCCCUCUAGAAAUUUUCAAAGUUUGUUUCAGGUCAAAAAGACUAUUUAGAAUGUGAUAUUUGGGAAGUUUUCAAAAAUACCCAAAGGUUCCUGAAACACGUGGUCAAACAGGAUCACCCGUCACGUGAACAGUAGGGCUCCGUGACCCGCUGCACAUGGGGAUGCUGAGACCUCCCAGGAACCCGGGGCGUCCGGCCCCGAGCACGGAGAAGCCGCUGGUACAGCAGCCCGCGUGCUUUCCCAGCCGGUUAAAGGCAAAGACGCUCACCGACUGUUGUCUGAAGCAAACCAGAAUCCGAGAAAACCUGGUCCUUCGGACAGAACCAGCCUGAUCACGUGCGCGGGCGCUGGUGGGCACGUCGUAAAGGAAACGCAUGUCCGUCCGGACAGGACCACACGGACGCCUUUCCACCAACCCCUCUCCUCGCCCAUGGCGCCUCUCCCGCCUCCGCCCGUCCUCCCGUUCGUCCUGGGCCUCUCUCCGGGCACAUGAUGCUCUUCCCCCUCCACUCAGGCCCUGUGGACGGAAACAGGUGGCAGCACUUCCCGCCCUCCUUCGUGGCUUUAAUCACGCUCCGGGAAGUAGGCAGUGGUAAGCCGUCUUGCGGUGGCUGCUGUGGACUCACAGACUAGCAGGUGCCUUCUGUGGUUUCUAGAAAUGUGCUUUUUCGUAAACACGCUUCGGCGUGGCCUAGGGAGACCCAGAAUGGCUCUACGGAGACCCCCAACGCUGUGGUGCUUGGUAACGAGCAGGCGGAUGAGCAUGCCUGUGUCCAGGAGCAGUGCUGUGACGUCUGUUCCCUUUGGAAAGGAUCGAGACGUCAGCGUGCGCCUCUUCAUUCCCGAGUUAGACUCUCGGGGUGUCGUUACCCAGAGGCUCCGGGAACUGUGUACGUAGGCAUCAGACCAUGAUUGCAAAGAGCUCGCCAGAACCCUCAUCCUGUUUGCACUCACCUGCACGUAUUUGCUUUUCAUCACCUGCUUGGAGUGGCCACAGAAACUCGCAGCCCGGAACCAAGUGGCCCGUUCCCGGAGGGGAGGCCCUCGGCCCGCCGCCCGCGGCUCUCGGGGUGGGGGGAGGGCUGGCUUUCCCGAGAAAUAGUGGGGAGGGGGUCCAUGUUAGAGAAGCUUUGUUUCUGUGGCCACGAACCUGAGUUUUCAAGUGUCAGUGCCCGUGUGAAGCCCUCUGUCCAUCGCAUGCAGAUGAGCUGAGGGAGACCAGGGUUUCCCAUGAGAAACGGGCCUUUCUCGUCUGAACAGUUUGGGCAGAAAAGGCAAAAGCAGUUUCAGGUGAAGCCGAUAGAGCGUUCCGAUUUCGUCGUCUCAGCCGUUCGUCCAGGGACGGGGCUGCUCCCGCCUGUGCCCUCCACAGCCACGUGUCCCGCGGCCCCAGCGAUAGGCUGGCGGCGGCCGCGGGACACAGCGCUGCCGCUGGAGAGUGCAGGGGGGACGGACCGCUAGGCCCCUGCUCUGCGCCCAGCCCGACCGAAGCCCCGCUGCACUUUUACAGGAGACGGGGGUGGGGCUCUGGAAACUCGGGGGGUUAAUUCCUCCGACAUGAAGCUGCUUUCUUUUCGGUUCAUCCUCACCCGAGGAUGUUUCCAGAGAGCGUGGAAGGGCGGGGAGAGACAGAGAGGAACAUCUAUGUGGGAGAGACACGUCGAUCGGUUGCCUCCUACGCGAGCCCUGGCCAGGGCCGGGGAUUGAGCCUGCAACCGAGGUAUAUGCCUUUGACCAGACUCGAACCCAGGACCGAUGCUCUAUCCACUAGUCCAAGCCAGCCAGGACCGGAAAUAGUUUUCUGCCAUACCUCAUCCUUCCGUGCGAGUCUCGGAAAAUUCUUUUUCUUGGGAUAUUGUAAGAAACCCACCGCACGAGCACCUGGGAGACAAGGCCCCCCUCCCCAGAGGGGGAGGCCCAGGUGGGACCGAAUUCUGAUCACUCGGAAGUCACGUCUGUUUUAAUUAAACCAAUGAACUAUUACCAAAGAUUAUUUUAUACCGUGCUAACUUGGAAAAAAGACACACAUUGGGUCAAUUUCUGUAUUUUUCUGACAAAUUAAAUAGAGCUCCGUUAAACGCCCCCUUCGGAGCACGGUCGCCCACACCU